AUGCAGGGCAUUAUGCCAGUUAAAACUAAAACAAGAGUACCAGAAAGUAUGGGUGUAUCUGGAGACUUGGUUGAUGCUCGUGCUAAGCAAGUUCUUCGUGAAGCUGUUGAUGCUGUUGUCAAUAGUUUUGCUAAACAUACUCAAGGAUAUGGAAGAGUUAACGUUGUUGAGGCACUACAAGAAUUUUGGCAAAUGAAACAAAGCAGAGGCACGGAAUUGAGAAACGGUGCAUUAGUUAUUUAUGAAUCAGUACCAGGUGCAAGCCCUCCAUAUGUUUGCUAUGUUACUCUACCUGGUGGCUCUUGCUUUGGUAGUUUUCAAAGUUGCCCGACAAAGGCUGAAGCCCGUAGGUCAGCCGCUAAAAUAGCGUUAAUGAAUUCAGUGUUUAAUGAACAUCCGUCGAGAAAAAUAACUGAUGAUUUUAUUGAAAAAGCUGUGGCUGAAGCGAGAGCUAGUUUCAAUAAACCCGCACCUACUUCAAAUGGUCAAUCACAGAAUAAUGGAGAUGAAAAAGAGGAUCCUAAUACAGGUAUCGGUGCAUUCCGUUUUAUGUUGGAGUGCAAUCGUGGUAGAACAAUGCUAGAGUUCCAGGAGUUGAUGACUGUGUUUCAACUACUACACUGGAAUGGAUCAUUGAAAGCAAUGCGAGAAAGACAAUGUAGUCGACAAGAAGUUGUUGCCCAUUACAGUCAUCGUGCUCUCGAUGAUGAUAUGCGCAGUCAAAUGGCUCUUGAUUGGGUCGCUAGGGAACAUGAAAAUGGUGGUGGAGUUGUCGCUAUGGAACUUGCUCUUGCUGAGAGAGAAUUGGAGACUGCUAGACUCGCUGGCCGUGAAUUACGAUUUCCUAAAGAGAAAAAAGAUAUUCUUAUGCUUGCUCAUGCUCAAGUUUGUCCACAGUAA